AAUAUACAUAUGUAAGCUGAAUAAGCCAGACCUUAACAAUGGCGGCUGAACCGUCACGAUUAGCUGUUCAAUGUCAACUGGAAGAGGAAGUUUUGAAAUAGUGGCAGGUGCGAAGUGUUUAAUUGGAUAUUAUGGCGGACAAAGAGCCUGCUACUAUCGACGAUGAAAUUGGGGAUCCCGGCAUCGAGCCUGGUGCUUCUACGGAAACAAUGCUUGUUACCACCGACAGUUUCGAGGAGUAUGAGCAAGAGAUUAGUAGUAGCAUCGACGAUAGACAAAUGAAAGAAAGCACAACGAGCACCAUCUCCGAGAUCCAGGAAGACGCGCAAGACAUUCCGACAACACCCACAGUAGCGAAUUCGCGAGAUCUUCAAAAAACACCUUCUCUUGAUGAUUCCGAAUUAGAGGGUGUCACCCAUCGAAUAGGUCAGAGUAGUUUAGAUUCCGAUCCCUUACGUUGCAAAACAUGGCUGGCUCAAAGGAAACAUAUAUUUAUUUUAAGCCAGGCUGGAAAACCUAUAUACUCUAGAUACAGUUCUGAGGAUAAACUAGUCACAGUGAUGGGCGUUAUGCAGGCUCUUGUUUCAUUCGUCCAAGCAGACAGCGAUAUGAUUAGAUCUGUACAUGCAGGAGAUACUAAUUUUGUGUUCGUAGUUAAAGGUCCACUAAUACUAGUUUCAGUCUCUAAAACACUCGAAAGUGUACCACAACUUACAUUGCAAUUAACAUAUGUGUACAAUCAAAUAGUCUCUAUGUUGACACAGUCACAAUUAACUAAAGUAUAUGAGCAACGUAGGAAUUUUGAUUUGAGAAGAUUGUUAUCUGGUAGCGAAAGACUGAUAGAUCAUCUAUUAAACUUCAUGGAUAGAGAACCAGCAUUUUUCCUAGGAGCUAUUAAAUGUUUACCCCUACUUCCUUCUAUGCGAAGUUCCAUUGCUCAAACAAUCAUCCAGACUUGUGGAAAGAUCAAGAAUUUAGUGUUUGCAAUACUUCUAGCUAAUAAUCAACUGGUAACGUUAGUCAGAAUGAACAAAUUCUUUUUACACCCAGUGGACUUGCAUAUAAUACAGAAUUUGGUCGACAGUUCAGAGUCGCUUAAAACAGCCGAGAGCUGGACACCGAUAUGUCUGCCAAAGUUUGAUGCCAAUGGUUAUAUGCAUGGACAUGUGUCAUAUUUGGCCGAGGACUGUCAAGCAUGUCUGCUAUUACUCACUGUCGACCGAGACGUGUUCUUUGUACUGUCCGAGGCAAAACAGAAAAUCGUAGAAAAAUUGAGACGGACAAAUUGUCUGGAAGCAAUUAACGAAUCCAUGAACAAACCACCGAUUACAACGGCUGACAUUGGAUUGCCAGAGAUGCGGCACGUUUUAUACAAAUGUAAAAGUACAGCUCAGUUUUGGAGUCCUGGUUUUCAAGCUCCGUAUACAACGGAUGAAGAAAUAGAGCGAUUGCUGGGUCUUUAUCAGUGUUUGCACCAUAGAUUAUACGCUCCAAAUCGACCGCUGAAAUUUAUAUUCCAACAAUUAGAUAAAGAGACUAUGCUAGCAUGGGUAACACUGGGUUUUGAAUUGUAUGUUACGUUUGAACCGUUAGUAACCAAAGCUGAUGCUAUUGAAGCGGCAAGUAAAUUAGUAAAGUGGAUCAAGAAAGAAGAAGAGAGAUUAUUUAUUUUAAAUCCCCCAACGUUUUAAGAAAAAGAUUAUGGGUCGAAUGGAUAAAGUUUAAAAACGUGCAGUACACUGUUUUAUAACGGUUUAUGCUGCUAAAUGGAGUACCACGAAUAAUAGCGAAGCAAACUGCAUCGUAAGUGGGCGAUGCAUUCACGUUGUUUUCUUUCUCAUAUAUCGACACUAUAAUUUUGCUCAUUAUUUCUUUUAUAAAAGUACUGCGAGAUUCAGUACAAUGUGGAAAUGUAUAUAUUUGAAGAUACUACGCGUGUAAUUGUAUACAUUACAUUUAUAGACAGGCUAUGACAUUAUCAACUUUAUUUUAUUACAUGGUGCUUGAGAAAAUUUGUCAUUGCUUCGUUGAGAACGGAUCUAUUCUGAAAAGAAUCUUUUUAUGUCGUUUACGAAUGUCCUUAAUAUAGUAACCUUUAUCAACAAUCGCAAUGAUAAAUAUUCUCUAUUCUUUUGUAAAUAAUAUUUACGAUGUAAGUUUAUCGAAAAAAAAGAUUCUAGAAUGAACUAAUAGCGUAAUUUUAUGAAGAACAAAUAUUGUUACUUGGAACGCGUAUUGUACGGGUAUGCUACUAUGUAGCGUUUCUAUCGAUGAGUACUAUAAUUUUAAUAUGAAACUAUUCCCUGUAAAUGUUUCACACUGCUGUUAAUUGUGACCGAAGUGUUGUACACAUCAUAAACGGAUUCAAGACUUAUA